AUGGCGAAUCUGUGUUUGAUUCAUCUAAAUGUGGCAAUUGCAGUAAAAACAUCUGGUUUCAGUUGGGUCACAACAACUACUGCCACUGGGUUCCCAACAGUUGCGACCAGUGGAAGUCAAUUCCCAACAUCAUCCCCUUCUACGCCAUCAUUUUAUAAAAUAAAUAUUCUAUUGGCACGAAGUGUUCAGCUGCAAGCUACUUCAUCACCAAGUGACUAUUCCACAAAAAUAACUUGCGAUGAUCCCAGUAUUCUUCCUUAUGUUCUAGCAAACGUUACCCAAGAUUCUGUAUUAAUUAUCUCAGCAACAAUCGAUUGUGAUGUUAUUAUUCGGGCCUAUACUUAUCAAGCGAUACAUAUCCAUAGUGUAUCAACAUUAAUCAUGACAGAUUAUUCUUAUAAAGGAUAUCAAUUAAGAUUACUCAGCAUGGGCAAUUCACAGAUUCAAAUAUCCAAUAUUGCCUAUGAUUUAGCAGAAUUUAUCUUCCUGGGCAAUAGUACAACGAAAUUAAGUGGGAAUAUCGGCAAAUUAACGGUCGUUAAUCGAGGCAAAGGAUCUGUUGAUGCAACUAGUACAGCAACACCAAGUAUCAAUGCUACUUUGACGGGCGUUGGUUCACUUCAAGUGAAAUCAACAGCUAAUAUGAAUUUAAUUGUUGGCGGAACGGGUAUUUUAACCUGGUGUUCACCAAAAGUCCAAAUGGAUGUGACAUUGGAUAUCUAUAGAAAGAAAAAUAUCCUCUAUCAAUGUUAA